AUGGCGAUGCCGAUGCCGAUGCCGAUGCCUCCGCCCCCGCCCAACCAGCCUUCCAACCCGGUUGACAACGAAGGGCCGACUGUCACUGCGGUUGCGAUCGCAUUUGGGGUCCUGACGGCAAUUGUUAUCUCUCUGAGAAGUUGGGCUCGGAUAUGGCUGGUCAAGUCCUUCGGGGCCGACGAUGCUCUCAUAGUUAUUGCCGCUCUCUUCUCAUGGGCAUUCAUGGUCGUCAUCAUCCUCGCUGCGCAGCACGGUCUUGGACGUCACUACGCAGACGUAAUACCGCUUGGAAGGCCGAAUGAGCAAGUAUACAGCUUCUCAAUCUGGCUGUCGUCGAUCCUAUACAACGCGUGUCUCAGCUGCAUCAAGCUCUCGGUCCUGGCACUAUACAUGCGCCUUGGAGACGCCACGCUUCGCCGCCUUGCGAUAGGCAUGAUAGUAAUUGUCGGUUGCCAGGCCGUGGCCAACGUCCUUGCGAGUGUAUUUCAGUGUUUGCCGGUUCGGGCAGCCUGGGACCACCUCAACAUCCAACCGUACGAGAAGCACUGCAUCGACAUCGGAGCUUAUUACCUCGCCAACGCUGCCAUCAACAUCAUCACUGAUAUCCUGGUCUACACGCUUCCUGUCCGGCUCGUCAUGCGCCUGCAGGUGCCACGUCGUCAAAAGAUCGGAUUAGCAGUCAUGCUGUGUCUGGGACUACUUGCUUGCAUAUCGUCGAUCGUCCGAAUCACAUUCAUACCACGGAUAGUGGCAAAUCUGGACAUAACAUGGGUGUACACCGGGGCACUGUACUGGUCGGUCAUCGAAAUCAAUGUCGGCAUUCUCGCGGCCUCGAUCCCUUCCUUCAAAGUCAUCGCCAAACGGUACGCGCCCCGCCUCCUGGGCAGCGGUGCCUCUUACGGAUCGUCUGCUGCGAAGCAGAGCAACAAUCGACGGUCGGGUUUCCACAUGAUGGAUGGGUCUGGGUCGGCGGCCGAGAGCGCUGGAGUCGACCUGCGCGAUCUGGAUGCGAGCAGGAAGAACAGAGUCGGGUUCGACACCAGGAUCGAGCGCGGGCCCCGGCUGAGCGCCAACAGCAGCGAGGAGGCGCUGUACCUGCCCGGACAGAUUGGUGUCAAGACGCAGAUAGUGACCUACACUUCUGGGAGCUCUGGGAGCUGA